AUGAAGUCGUUCCUUUCCCUCCUUCUGCUGCUCCCCGCUGCAUUGGCUUUUGUAAGCCAAGUCCCCAAAAGCAACCAUGCGGUGACUGCUCUUUUUGCUGAAGACGAAAACAAAGGUGGCCUGUUUGGUGGUAUCAAGAACUUUUUUGAAGAGCUCGAUGCCUUUGUCGACGAUGCUUCUGCCCGACGUUUGGGUGCCGGGGCAUCGUUCUACGGAAAGAGGAAAAGUAAUUUCUACGGCGAAUCUGAUAAGAUGAAGAAAGCAGACAAGAAUGUGUAUGAUCCUUCAGAGGACUACCGUGUGACAGCCGCUGGAAACUAUAAGUGGAUGGAAGAUGAAGAUGGGGUGCUUCGACCAGUGACACGUCUGAAGAACAAAAUAAUGGAAAAGAACUAA